AUGACAGCCAUCAAAGACGCACGCCUCUACGACGACAUCGAAGCCAUCAAAGCUCUCAUCCAGGCCUUCUUCGACCGCGUCAACAACAACGAUCCCCAAGGCCUUCAACAUCUCUUCGUUCCCUCCGCACACCUUACAAUUCUACGCCAGUUUCCUGACCUCGCACCUCCCCAGACCUCGCCAUGGUCUGAACUGCCUCAGCCUUCGCUGACCAGCACGACGUCUAACGAGCAGAAGAUCUCCCUCGUAUACCAAUCCUCCAUAGAGGCGUUCAUCAAGUUGAUCGAAGAUGGGAAUAAGAGGAAAGAUCCCAAGAAGCCUGUACCCAAGGUCCAUGAAGUUCCGGACUUGGACGCUACGGAUGUGAAGGUCGAUGGGAUCUUUGCAACGGCGUGGUGUCCGUUUAGCGUGACGUUUGACGGCGUGCUGCAUCAUUAUGGAACCUUUGUGUACACCUUUGGGAAAGAUGGACAUUCGUCUGGUGGCCUUGAGACGGAGAAGGAUCUCAAGUUGGAGACGUUGGUGCAGAGCUACAGGAGGACUCCGGGCUGGGGAGAAGAUCAUUCGGAUACUUCGGCAGAGUUGUCGAGAAGAGCGUGA